AUGGAAUUACUUGGUUGUAAAGCUGCUGAAACACCUAUAGAGCCUAAUUUAAAAUUGAAGCCAGCUGAACCAGAAAAUAUAAUGGACAAAGGGAGAUAUCAGCGGUUGGUAGGGAGGCUAAUCUAUUUAUCCCAUACACGCUCGGAUAUAGCCUUUGCUGUGAGCAUGGUAAGCCAGUUUAUGCAUUCACCUGGUCAAGAACACAUGGAUGUUGUCUUUAGAAUCCUAAGGUACUUGAAGGGGUCGCCUGGGAAAGGGUUACUCUACAAAAAGCAUGGACAUCUUCAAGUAGAAGCUUAUACAAAUGCGGAUUGGGCUGGGAAUGUCAUGGAUAGAAGUUCAACAUCUGGGUAUUGUACUUUUGUUGGCGGAAACCUGAGGCUGAUUCCCUGUACAUUUGAUAAUACAAUAUAUUCAAACACUUUAACUGGGUCCUCUGCAAUACUCCCUCAACCUGUUAUGCAAGAAUGGAAAGCCAUCACUAGGCAUCGCUUAUUGGAGCGAUAUGGCAUGACCGAAGGCUAUCUUGUUGGGACACCUGAUGAGUUCAAGUCUGCUCUUUCAGAAUCUUUCUUGGCUCGAAAAUCGGGCAUUAUUAAUGUUAUUGUUGAUCCUUACACUGGUUUAGAGAGUGGGAGACUGCAACACAAGAACUAA